AUGAAGCUACAAACCUGUCCACUAAUCUUUAUUCUCUGUGUCUUUGCGCUCUCAAUAUCAUGGGCAACUUCCGAUUCAUCUCUCGGCGAUUUUUUCCACUGCCUUCCAAAACACUCUCAAUCCUCCUUUCCAAUUUCAGAAGCCAUUUACACCCGUGAGAAUACCACUUUUCCGUCUGUUUUGCUGGCAUACAUUAGAAACCUCAGACAUUCUACAACCACAACUUCACAACCUUUGGCUAUUGUUGCAGCCAAGCAUCAAUCUCAUGUCCAAGCUACUGUCAUCUGUGCACAACAACAUGGGGUGCAUAUUAGGAUUCGGAGUGGUGGGCAUGACUAUGAGGGCCUAUCCUUCAUAUCUUACAUACCAAAUGUCCCCUAUAUUGUUCUUGACAUGUUUAAUCUCCGAUCCAUUGACAUUAAUGUCACGGAUGAGAGCGCUUGGGUUCAGGCUGGGGCUAUUAUAGGCGAACUUUAUUUCAAAAUUGCUGAGAAAAGCAAGGCUUUUGGAUUUCCUGGUGGAGUUUGUCCAACUGUUGCUACUGGUGGCCACUUUAGUGGUGGCGGGUAUGGACCUAUGAUGAGAAAAUAUGGCCUUGCAACGGAUAACAUUGAAGAUGCCAAAAUAGUUAAUGUGAAUGGUACAAUUCUUGAUAGAAAGUCAAUGGGAGAAGAUCUGUUUUGGGCCAUUAGAGGAGGUGGUGGAGCGAGCUUUGGAGUUAUUCUGUCAUGGAAGAUCAAGUUGGUUACAGUUCCUGCCAAUGUGACUGUGUUCAAAGUUCAAAAGACCUUGGAAGAAGGCGCUAUCAAUGUUCUUUAUCAGUGGCAACAUGUUGUACCUAAGCUGCCUAAAGAGAUCUUCAUCAGAGCAACUUCAAAAGUCAUUAAUACUAUUACUAAUAGUACUAGCCAAGAAGGCAAGAAUAAUAAGACUGGGCAAGUUACAUUCUUUGGUCAGUUCUUAGGGCAAACAGACCAGCUUCUUUCAUUGAUAAAUGAGAGCUUUCCUGAAUUGGGUUUACAACGAACGGACUGCCUUGAAAUGAGUUGGGUAGAAUCUACUUUGUUUUUUGCUGAAUACCCACUUGGAACCCCCAUAAAUGCUCUACUUAGCAGGCCAAAUAAGCCUCCGCCAUUCUUCUUCAAAGGCAAAUCGGAUUAUGUGAAGGAACCUAUUCCAAAAGAAGGCUUGGAAUCCAUAUGGAAGAUGAUGAUUGAUAUAGGGACAACUCACAUGCAAUGGAACCCUUAUGGAGGAAGAAUGAGUGAGAUUUCUGAGUCUGACACUCCAUUCCCUCACAGAGCUGGAAACCUAUUUAUGAUCCAGUACUGGACGUAUUGGUUGGAAGAAGGGAUUGAGGCUAAUAAUCGGCACCUAAACGUGUCAAGAAAAUUGUACGAAACUACCACUCCAUUUGUUUCCAAGAGCCCAAGAGAGGCAUUACAAAACUACAGGGAUCUGCACAUUGCUGCGAAUCUGCGUAAUCAGACAAACCUUGAAACCGCUAAGCUUUAUGGAAGCGCGUAUUAUAAAGGUAAUUUUGAGAGGUUGGUGCGUGUGAAAAGUGUGGCUGAUCCUCAGAAUUUUUUCAAGCAUGAACAAAGUAUUCCACCUCUUUAA